AUGUAUGUUGUCUGGGAGAAAUUGAAGAGAUUGCAAAAAGUUAUGAGAAUUCUGAAUAGACCUGUUAAUUCCUUGAAUCAAGACAUCCUCAAGACUAGAGAGGAGUUAAAUAAUGCUCAACAGGACCUGAAUGUUAACCUGAUGGAUAAAGAUAGGAUUCUGAAAGUGCAAAGGAUCACUGCAAGAUUGAUAGAUCUUAGUGAUUUGGAAGAAAAAGUGUUGAGACAGAAAACUAAGAUAGAAUGGCUUAGACUAGGAGAUGGUAAUAAAUCCUAUUUUCAUGCCUCUCUGAAGACUAAGCAGAGGGCUAAAGGUAUACAUAUUCUGCACAAAGAUGAUGGGACAGAGAUCACUUCACAAGCAGCUAUAGAACAGACAGUGGUGGAGUUUUAUGAGAAUUUGAUGGGCACUGCUGCUACUAACAUCACUCAUGUGGAUAUUACAGCAAUGCGAGCUGACCCCCAAUUGACAUUUGAGCAAAGAGAAGGCCUUAUCCUCCCUGUUAGUGAAAAGGAAAUUGAUAUAGCUCUAAAGGGCAUAUGA